GUGUAUCAGGUGUGUGGAGAAGGCGAGGUGCGUGCCCGGCGCGUGCGCUAUGAAUGGGCGCGCGGACGCAGACGCGGCGCAGACGUCGUGCGGGAAACGCGCUGGACCGGCGCACGCGCAUACUGUGACAUUCGUGUUGUGUUGUCCUUUGAGACGUCUCCCGUUGUAACAAUGCUUUUGAUAAAUCAACAUAUUUUGCUGUUAUUGUUCGCUGUGACAGUUGCAAGUUCUCGAUCAUUUUCUUCGGACUUGCUUGCUGCUCAUACGGCUCCAAUCAACCAAAUUGCAAAUGUGACUUAUGGAACCGAGAUAGAAAAUCAAGGUAGCUUAACUUCGAUAUUUUCCCCACGUAUGGACUUUGAACAAUGGAAACCACUAACAGGCCGAGGCGACCCGCUGCGCAACGAUCCGACCUAUGACUACGAACCGCCAGUGCUUGAACGAGUCCACUACUGGGCUGACGAAACUAGACUGGAGCGAGAACAUUAUCCGGAGAGAAAAUCUGAAGUGCUCAUGCUUGGUGUGUCUUCUCGCAAGCCCAGCGUUACUUCUCGACAGCCUCCCUUGCCACCCAGGCGACACGUACACCGACCUCAACCAAACAAGUAUGAGGACUUUACAUAUAAACUUAGCGAACAUUAUCCAAUGACUAUUUUAGUACCCCCGCCACCACCUCCUCCUGGUCAUCAAGCACCGCUCUUUAUAAUCUCUGAUGAGAAACCUCCUAUUAACAAUAAAGUACCACCGCAAACGAAGCCCAAUAGUCCGCCUCAGAUCCUUAUUCCAGAUUCUACUAUUGGACCUGAACAUAUCACAUCUUCAUAUGCUCUACAAGAAUCAAACCUAAUCUAUCAGUCUUCAACGACUAUUCAAAAUUGGGUAAGAGAUGCAAAUGAUACAAAGAUUCUCGAUAACGCUGUCAGUAGCGACUACGCUGGUUGGGGACCAACAACACCAGUUGACGACAACGAUUCUGCAAAUGAAACCCAUAACUUAAUAUUGAACGAUCACGCAGAAUUUCCUAGGCAUCCGUAUUCGUUCUACAAACCAAUGUUAUCUGAGUCACCGCCUCCACCCAAAUUAACUUUUAACCCUUCAGUUGUAUCAACGUUUGUUCCGACCGCUUUACCACCGACUACUUCCGUACCACCUACUAUGGCUUUUACUAAAAUAACAUGGCCAACAGAAAGGUCGACUGAAAUGCUAGAAUAUACAACAGAAACUCCUCAAGAAACCACUACUGAAAAAAGAAGCACCACUGCAUUUCGACCAACACCGAUCCCUACAACUGUCACAAAAUUAGAAACAAGCGUGUUUGACAUGCUGGGACCAAUGAUGUCUAUGCCAAUGGUUAAUGGCCCAGAGAGGCCCGAAGACAAUCUUUAUGCCCAUGCUUCUGAAACUGUUCAUAUAUUUGACGAACAUAAACCGGAAGACGUAGAGAUUGAAACAAUGCAAACUAUGCAACCACCGCCGGUUAAGCCAGUUGAUAGUAUAAAAACUGCUCAGAAGCAACAAUUCCACGUAAAUUCACAAGAUAAAAAUAAGAAGCCGGCAAUUUAUACACAUGGUCCUUAUUUACACAAUCGUUUUACAACGCCCAUUCCAACUACCAUAGAAGAAUUUUCAGAAAAUGUUAAACAAACAACUGAGACACCAACUGUACCAAUGUACCUUAUAAUACAAGGUCACUCAAAGGUAAAAACCUAUGGUUCAAAGCCUAAAGUUCCAGAUAGCAAAGAGACAGUUAAUAAUGAGAUAAGUAAGCCUUUAGAGACGAACGAAGUAAAACAUCUUCAUCCAAUUGUCAAAAAAUCUGCAAAAAAACUAGAUUUAACUGAUGCUGUUCGAAAGAACAAUGCAAAAAGUCUAAAGACUUUGAUCGAUAGUGGAGUAGGCUCCAUAGAAAUACAAGAAACUGAUCUGGGGAUAAAAUACGAUGUCAGUGAUGGUAGCGACGUGCCAAUUGAAAUAUACAGAAAAGGUAUCGUAGAUAAUGACGAAAAUGAUUAUUCAAAUCCUAAAAAAACUGGCAAAGACUUAAGAACUAAACGACAAAUAGACCUAGAGGACUUAUUGCCUUUCGAUGAGGAGACUAUAGAAGAAUAUGUUUACAACUUUCUAGAAGGGAAAAAGAAUGACACUGGUAUCACUGGAUUAAUUGCGCAAGCAGUGACAAGUGAUGCGGCGCAGGCUGUCGACGAACUGGAAGAUGAAGACGACAGUGAACAAGAGGAGGAAAGGUGAAUGCAGUAGAAAUGUUUGUCGGAGACUUACUAGGAUAAAUUACAUAGCACAAUACCAAAAACAAAAAUAUAUUUUGGUGCAGAUGUUCGAUAAAUUUAUGAAUUAGACUUUAAUUUGUUGAUCUACCCCACCGAUGGAUCGGCCUACUCCGGGACACAAGACAAAAAGUUGAAUAUUAGACGUCACCGAUGUGGUAUGAAGAAAAAAUAUUUAUACGUACGGAUUACAAAAAAAAAACUGAAUACCUAAAUCCGAUUCGAACGGAACCUCAUUUUUCACUGCCCACCUAUCACACUUCAUGACAUAUACUACAUGGUGACUGAUGGACAGCGAAUUACCGUUUGGUAAAACUUAAUGUAGCUUUUUCACUUCUUAGUAAGGAGUAGUUUAUCAACUUUAUACCUAUCAGUUAGUACCCUCACUGGCAUCCUUUUGCUUGCUAGGAAAAAUACACCUCUGAUGAAAAUGUGUGUUGAUGUAGUUUCAGUGACGGAGUGAAUAAUUGGAUUUUUAAUAAGACUUAAUAUGUACCUACCUACCUAUUUAGUGAACGUAUUUAUUUUAGAGAUAAGGAAAACAUUUGAUUGUACAAUUAUAAUUCUUUACAUAA